AGCCCUUUCCCAGGCGGUAGCGGGGGUGGUGUCGCUGUUGCCCUUUUAAGCCACGGGGCCGCCGCCUCCUGCCGGUGGAGUCAGUUACAAAGGGAGCAGCCGCCCAGGCCGCCGCACCGCCGCUCGUUGAGGCCUCGGUGUCUCUCGCCAUUUUCCAGCCCCGAUCCGACGCGGGCCGCGGCGGCGAGGAGAGGCGGAGCCGCGAGAGCGCGGCCCGGGCCGGCCCCGCGGGGCGGUCGCGGCCGUGACGGCGGCUCCGGGCCCGGCUCCCCUUCCGCACCCCUCCCGCCGGAGAUGAGGGGAAGAUGUCCGUAUCAGGGCUCAAGGCCGAGCUGAAGUUCCUGGCGUCCAUCUUCGACAAGAACCACGAGCGAUUCCGCAUCGUCAGCUGGAAGCUGGACGAACUGCAUUGCCAGUUCCUGGUGCCGCCACCGGCGCCGCCGGGCAGCCCGCACUCCCCGCCGCCGCCGCUCACACUCCACUGCAACAUCACGGAAUCUUAUCCAUCUUCUUCACCAAUAUGGUUUGUGGACUCUGAUGAUCCAAAUCUGACUUCAGUUCUGGAACGUCUCGAAGACACUAAGAACAACAAUUCGCUUCGUCAGCAGUUGAAGUGGUUGAUAUGUGAACUCUGCAGAUUAUAUAACCUUCCUAAGCACCUGGAUGUUGAGAUGCUAGAUCAACCACUACCCACGGGUCAGAAUGGGACAACAGAAGACGUGACUUCAGAAGAGGAGGAAGAGGAAGAGAUGGCUGAAGAUAUAGAAGACUUGGAUCAUUAUGAGAUGAAGGAAGAAGAGCCUAUUAGUGGGAAAAAGUCAGAGGAUGAAGGAAUUGAAAAAGAAAAUUUGGCAAUAUUAGAGAAAAUUAGGAAGACUCAAAGGCAAGACCAUCUAAAUGGUGCAGUGUCUGGGUCUGUACAAGCUUCAGAUAGACUUAUGAAAGAGCUCAGGGACAUAUACAGAUCACAGAGUUAUAAAACAGGGAUUUAUUCAGUGGAACUCAUAAAUGACAGUUUAUAUGACUGGCAUGUUAAACUGCAGAAGGUGGAUCCUGAUAGUCCUUUGCACAGUGAUCUUCAGAUUUUAAAAGAAAAAGAAGGCAUAGAAUAUAUUUUGCUUAACUUCUCUUUUAAGGAUAACUUUCCAUUUGAUCCUCCAUUUGUUCGAGUGGUAUUACCUGUUCUCUCAGGAGGGUACGUGUUGGGUGGUGGAGCACUGUGCAUGGAACUACUCACAAAACAGGGCUGGAGCAGUGCCUAUUCAAUAGAAUCGGUCAUCAUGCAGAUCAAUGCCACCUUAGUUAAAGGCAAAGCCAGAGUGCAGUUUGGAGCAAAUAAGAAUCAAUAUAAUCUAGCAAGAGCCCAGCAAUCUUAUAAUUCCAUUGUACAGAUACAUGAGAAAAAUGGCUGGUACACCCCUCCAAAGGAAGAUGGCUAAAUGUGUUGACUUUGUAUGCUUGGACCAGUGUUGCUUUAAAGAAAAUCUUUCCAACAUGCAGACAUAAGCUUUGAGUGCCCCUAUAACAGCAGUACCGAAGAUGUUAGCUAAUAGAUAUUUUAGUGGAUAAUCUGUCAACUGAUCCAGUAUAAGUUACAGCCUUUCCAUUUUUCUCAUUUUAGGUAUCUUGGACUGAGCAGUGGGGCCUUUACUGUAUUUUUUCUGAUAAAUACACAUACUGGCCACUCCUAAUCAUCUCUCUCUUAAAGGUGAAAUGUCUUAAGCAGACAAGUCAGCAUCAGGUUACUGAAGUUAUGACUUGAGGGCAAAUUUCCCAUUUUUGAGCUCGUGUGUUAUGAGGAUUUACAAUAUAUUGUUCCAUUAAAGCCAAUAAAGUUUAAUCAAUGUUUAAUAUUGGUUUAGAAAAUUUAAGGUGUUCUGAAUCACAGUAGCUUUUUCAGGUUAAAACUAUUUUAUGAUAUUGCCAAAAUAAUGACAGGAAAUGUACUUGUUAAACUGUUAAACUUUUUUUUUUUUUAAUGGCUAUGAAGAUCUGAACUAUCUCCCGAAGAUUUGCUCUUAAUUGAGUUGAACUUUUUAGGCAGAGCAAAGCAAGGCUGUGUCAAUUCAGCUUGUACGUAGUAAUUUCCACUGGGGCAUCAGAGUCUUGCUGAGCUGAAUCUGCUUCUUGUUGGUUCAAUAUUUCUUAUGAAGAAGAGCUUGAAGUAUAGAGCUUGAAUUAUUUAAAAUACUAAGUCAUUCUACGUUUCCAUUUUAUUAACGGGAUGUUGCAAUCAGUUGUAAACUAAUAAUCUUAUAAAGUGAUUGGCACAAAGACUUCUUGAACAAAACUGCAGUUAAGUACAAAAAGUAUCUAAUUUGGAGACUUAAAUUUUUUCUAUAGUCAUAAUAAUGGCUUUUACAUUGAAAGACUAAUAGGAAUUCUACAUAUAUUAAUUCUUUUAUAAAAUCUAGACUCAAAUCAGUGUACUCUCCAUUUUAUUGCCUUACCUGAAUUAGUCCUGUUGGGUUGGUAAUAGAUUUUUUUUUUUAAUAUACCCAAAUUUGACUUAAAAGUAAACUCUAGUUAUUAAGCACUUUUAAAAAGAAACCCAGAAGCACAUUUUUUUCUGCACAAACCAGUUACAAAGUUCAAAAGUGUGUCUUAUGCUUUAAGACUCAGUUUUUAACUUUGUAAACCACAUCUGAAAGACUUGGCACUUCUGCAUUAUUGUGUUUAAUUUCUUUUCCUUCUUUUCUUCUUCUUCUUCCUUUUUUUUUUUUUCCUAUUUUGGUUAAGAGGAUAGUGGAAAAAGAUUUUCUGGCAUUCUUGUUCACUUGGUUAAUUUGUAUACAAUUCGGAUUGCCAGUUGCUCAGAUAACAAGUGACAAGGCAAAAUUCUUUAAAGCAUUAAAGUUCCUUAAACCUAAGGCUAAAUCUUGAAUACAUUAUUGAAUUCUUUAAUAUCCUGAUGGCUAGCAGAUUGACAGCUGCACAUUUGGCAUGCUUUGGUUUUUGGUUUGGGGGGGGUUUGGACUUUAUUUUUCAUUGCAGAUUUAUUUGGCAAUGUACAGUAAAUUUUGUAAACUUGCAUCAAGUUUAUGAAUAAAGAACCAUUUAAAAAAUAA